UGAAAACAACAUGGCGGAAGUAAGCUCGUGAUGUGCUGCAGCGUUGUGAUCCCUCUCUGUUGUCAUAUGGAGACUCUGAGCAGUCGUACAAUGCUGAGACGGCCGAGAUGUUCCUCUACCUCACGGACAGACGGCGUGUGCAGAAGGUUCUGCUGCGUCAGCUCUUCGUGAUGGACUCCAUGAUGUCUCUGCAGUCGGACCAGCUGCUGCCCGGCCCCAAACCUGACUGCGGGGCUCGCGGCAGGUGGAAGGCCCUGAAGACGGUGUACAGGCAGGAGGCCGAGGAGACGGAGACUCUGCUCACAUCUCUGCACGACAAAGUCCAACAAAUCAACAACAGACGACACAAACUGACAAACCUGAUCCAACAGCUGACCAGCAAGAAGCAUCUUUCUGAACAUCUGGAGGCGUCUCUGCAGAAGGCCCAUAAUGCACUGCAGCUGUGUGACGGUCAGCUGACCAAGCUGAGGGCGGAGUCUGAGUCGGCUCUCAGCCACCGGAUUGGCUGGCAGCGUCUCCGAGAUGAGGUGCUGGAGUUGGUUGUCGCGGUGCAGGACGCCAUGCACGUCAAGCUGCUGUCCUUCAACCAAUCAGAGCUGAGCGUGGAGCUGAGGACCCGCCCCUCCUCCGAUCACAACGAGUCAUCCAAUGAGCUCGAGCCACUGAAGCUGUCCGUCACCUGGCGCCAUGACGACCACUUCAGACUGCAGGUGUUGGACGGGGCAGGUGUGGUGGAGGACAGUGUGUCUACUCGCCGCUGUGAGCUCAUCGCCUCGCUGCUGAACGUGAUGCAGGUUUACGUUGGUCAGGCCGACCUGCUGUAUGAGAUCCAGUCGCUGAGAUCCAGUUUUGCCAUCGACUGGCGUCCCGCUCAGCGUCUGCUUGUCUACUUGAAGACGGCGUCUCUGGUGUGUCAUCUGGAGGUGGAGGACGGUUACCCGGGCAACGGGCAAGCUCGCCUGCUGUCGGUCCGCCGAAACGGACAAACUGUGGACACGUCUGGACUGAAGCCUCAGAAAACGGACCUGCGGCUCACUGACUGGCUGCUCUUCCUCCACAGCAGCCCGCUCAUCUGACCUCACCUGUCUCACCUCUCACCUGUACAUGAUGUCACUGUCUCACCUGUACAUGAUGUCACUGUCUCACCUGU